CCUUGUCCAAACACCGUUGGGACUCCACAGACUCCUGUGGACGGCGUAUUUAAGGAGCAGGGACCUCGGGCGCACGGCAAACUCCCUCUGUCGCUCAGAGCUACCUUAAAAACAAAAUAAAAAACGCCCAGGGUUGUUUUUUUUCUUUGGUGGCUGGCAAAGUGGCUCUAAUGACUCCCUUGGAGAGGACAAGGUAGGGGCAAAAGCAGGCAGAUCUCAUUCGUGGGGACCUGGACAUCCAUCUGCACCCAUUCUGUUUUGGGGAACUGAAUAUAUCUUUGCGAAGACUGAGAAGCCACAGUGGAAGGGAGCAUAAAAAGGCAAUUAUUAUUAUUUUUGGCCCAGAGAACAUCCAUUUUUUUAUAAAAAAAAAAUCCUCAUCCACCUGUCUUCUGCAAUUCCAAGAUGCUCCUUGCUGUUCUCUUCCUGCAAGUUCUCCCUCAAGCUUGGACUGGGAGCAGUGGAUCCCACUGGACAUAUGAAGGGUCCCACGGACAGGAGCACUGGCCGGACACUUACCCAGACUGUGGCUGGAAAGCUCAGUCCCCUAUCGAUAUCGAAACGGGCACAGUCCAAUACGACCAUUCCUUGCCUCCGGUUGAGACGUCGGGGUAUCGGAAUCCAGAAGGCGACGACUUCACCCUGAUAAAUAACGGACACACAGUGCAGAUGUCUCUGCCGCCAAGCAUGCGACUGCACGGUUUGCCCAAGAUCUUUACGGCUGUUCAGCUGCACCUCCACUGGGGUGGGAAGGGGAGCCUCGAAGGGUCAGAGCACAAGGUAGACGGGAGGCCCUUCCCAGCAGAACUUCACGUUGUCCAUUACAACUCAGAGAAGUACAGCAACGUGAGCUUGGCAAUGCAGCACCCAGAUGGGCUGGCGGUCUUGGGCGUUUUCCUGGAGGCUGGCGAUGCGGAGAACUCUGCCUACGGCCACAUCCUGGACCUGCUGGACAAGAUCCAGUACGCAGAACAGAAAACCACCGUCGCCCCAUUCAACGUCCGUGACCUCCUGCCGGUACAUUUGGGCCACUUUUUCCGCUACAACGGCUCUCUGACCACCCCGCCUUGCUUUCAAAGCGUGCUGUGGACUGUCUUCCACCAGCCCGUCCAGCUCUCGGCUGCUCAGCUAGAGAAGCUGCAGAAGUCUGUCUAUAGUACAGCGGAAGGAGAAGCCCACCCAGAGCUUCUCGUGAAUAAUUUCCGGGCUCCGCAAUCCUUGAAUGGCCGAGUGGUGCUUGCUUCUUUCCCCGUGGGGCCACCAGGAUAUUCCGCAGGUGAGAUUGUGGCCAUCAUUUUCGGGGUGCUUUUGGGGUGCCUGGGCAUUUUCCUUGCCGGCUGGAUUGUGGCGAAGAGAAUACGGUGAGACGCGGACACAGACGUGAGGCCGUGCUGGUUCCUUCUUCCUGCAGGAGGGAGAAGAGGAUGCAGGAACAAAAGGGCGUCGUCUUCACAUCUUCUUCCCGGCGAGCGGUUUUGGACUGACGCCUUGACUCGCAACGCAGACAGGCUCCCUCUGAAUCAUCUCCUAUUCCUUUGCCCUGACACACACACACACACACACACACACACACAUUACACAUUUUGCAGGGCCAGGAAGGGCAGCGGAUGAGGCCACAGAAAUUUGGCCCUCCUGGUGUUGAGGAACUACAACUCCCACCCCCUUCCCUUGGCGGGAGUUAUAGUUUGGAUCGCCAAAGGUCCCCCCCCCACCUCUGCUUUGUUCUGCCCAGAGAGCAGGAAUUUAGGGUUGCCUUUGUCUCAGGCAGUUGCCCUCCAGAUAAUGUACUCCGACUCCCAUCGGCCAGCGCAACCGACGAGUUGAGGAAGUUUACACGGUCAACAUCUGGAGAGCAAGGCUGAUAAGAAGGGAGAAAAAUCCAGAUUGUUUUAAAAGGAAAAAGGUUUGCACAGCCUGCUGGGUUUGACAAGGAACAAGGAACAGAUGAACAAAGAGUUUUGGGUUUGUCCAGUUUACAACUUUCCACCCAGGUGUCCCCCCCUCCCCUAAGGGAAAAAAAACAACAGAAUUAGAUACUGUACACUCUUGUUAUUUUCAUGGAUUUAAAACACCCACACACCCACACCCCACAUUUCUUCCUGGAGCCAGAGUUGCAAACAGAUGUAGACUGAGCCCCCUAACCACUUUAUAAAAGAAAUAAAAGUCCCUCCCCCCUUUUUUGCCCCAUUGACUGCAUACUGCUUUGGAUUUAGGGUGGGGGUAGGGGAAAGGGAGGUGGCGAGACAAGGGAGCAGGGGCACAUAUUUAUUUUGGGGAGGCAGUGUGGGGUAGCUGUGAGUGUGUCGGAACUGGGAAGAGACCAGGGUUGAAAUCCCUGCUCGGACAUGAAGUGGGUGAACUUAGGCUAGUGGCUGCCUGUCGGCCUACCUCACAGGUUUGUUGUGUGGGUCAAAAGAGGAGGGGAGAAAACCAGGUUUGCCACUUAGAUGGUACAGUGGUACCUUGGGUUACAAACGCUUCAGUUUACAGACUCCGCAAACCCAGAAAUAGUAUCUCAGGUUAAGAACUUUGCUUCAGGAUGAGAACAGAAAUCGUGCUCCGGUGGCACUGAGAAGCCCCAUUAGCUAAAGUGGUACCUCAGGUUAAGAACAGUUUCAGGUUAAGAACAGACCUCCAGAAUGAAUUAAGUUCCUAACCUGAGGUAUCACUGUAUAUCGAUGGAAUGAACAUCUGGAGGG